AGCCCCGUCCCCGCAUCUGGCCCCGCCCCCAAAGCGUGGUCUGGUGGCUUCGCCCUUCCACGCAACGGGAGCGCACGUGGAUUCCUGGGCAGUUCGUCCUCGGGGUGGCCUGGAGUGCAGACCCAUCGAUACACUGUUCCCCAGCCUGGGAUGAACCGCUUUCUGCUGCCGGUGUCCGUAGUGGGCACGGUGAUCGGCGGCACCGUGCUGCUCAAGGACUAUGUUGCUGGUGGGGCUUGUCCCAGCAAGGCCACCAUACCUGGGAAGACUGUCAUCGUGACAGGAGCCAACACAGGCAUUGGGAAACAAACUGCUUUGGAGCUGGCUAAAAGAGGAGGCAACAUCAUUCUGGCCUGUCGUGACAUGGAGAAGUGUGAGGUGGCUGCAAAGGACAUUCGUGGAGAGACCUUGAAUCCCCGUGUACGUGCCCAGCACCUGGACUUGGCUUCCCUCAAGUCCAUCCGAGAGUUUGCCAGGAAGAUCAUCAAAGAGGAAGAGCGAGUAGACAUCCUGGUCAACAAUGCGGCAGUGAUGCGGUGCCCGCAGUGGACUACUGAGGAUGGCUUUGAGAUGCAGUUUGGUGUCAACUACUUGGGUCACUUUCUAUUGACAAAUUUGCUGUUGGACAAGUUGAAGGCCUCGGCUCCUUCGCGCAUCAUCAACCUCUCGUCCUUGGCUCAUGUUGCUGGGCACAUAGACUUUGAUGACUUAAACUGGCAGAUGAAAAAGUAUGACACCAAGGCAGCCUACUGCCAGAGCAAGUUGGCUGUUGUCCUCUUCACUAAGGAGCUGAGCCGCCGGCUGCAAGGCACUGGUGUAUCUGUCAAUGCUCUGCACCCUGGUGUGGCCAGGACCGAGCUGGGAAGACAUACAGGCAUGCACAACUCUACCUUCUCUGGCGUCACACUUGGGCCCUUCUUCUGGCUACUGUUCAAGAGUCCCCAGCUGGCGGCCCAGCCCAGCACAUACCUGGCCGUGGCAGAGGAACUGGAGAAUGUUUCUGGGAAGUACUUUGAUGGAUUCAGAGAGAAGGCUCCCUCUCCUGAGGCUGAAGAUGAGGAAGUAGCCCGGAAACUUUGGGUUGAAAGUGCCCACUUGGUGGGCUUGGAUGUGGUUCAUGGGUCUCCUGGGAAGGGACAUUCCAUCCCCAGAUAACCUUCAAAGAUCCAGAUGGAACUGCAUUAGCAAGGCUGCUCCUGGCCAUGCCCAUAUCAUCCUCUAGGGGCAGUGUUGCCGUGUUAGAAUCUCAAGCCCGUGGCUGCUGGCUGCCAUCUCCUCAUCGUCCUCUAGGUGGCAGUGUUGGUCCUAGCUUUUACUGUGGUUUCAUUUAGUUUGACCACAGGUAGGCAUUCACUCAGGUACAAUGUACUCUUGGUUACUGGGGAGCUGGUCCAUCAGGUGCCUCCCUUGGGAAUCUAAAAGGGGAGACUGUUGGGGGAGUCAGUCACUGUGGUUGUGUGCAAUGUGUAAAGACAGUGGUAGCAGUUGUGGUGGAUUUACUGGUCCACUGUUAAGAGCAGGUAACCAGGCAAAUAUGGCAAGUCAUAGUUCUCUGUGGGGCCUUGCACAGGUCUGUUGCCUGUCUGACUUAGCUGUUGUUCCUGCUUGCUUUCUAUUGCUGUGAUAAACACCAUGACCAGAAGCAACUUGGGGAGAAAAAGGUCUAUUUAGCCUACAGGUUACAGUUUAUCAUGGAGGAGGGAAGCCAGCGCAAGAAGCCAGGUGAGAGCUUGAAGCAGAUACCAAUGGAGGUUUGCUCCCAGGCUCAUGUUUGGAUACCUUUCUGAAAAAUAAUUUUUACUGUUAUUUUUCUUUACAGAGAGGGACUCACCUGGCCUUUCUAGAACUUGAUGUGUAGACCAGGCUGGCCUUGAACUCACAGAUAUCUGCCUUCUAGGAUUAAAGGCCCUGCCUGGGGAUGGCACUAUCCACAUGGCUUGAAUUUCCAACAUCAAUUAGCAACCAAGGCAGUGUCCCACAGACAUUCCCCUAGGGCAGUUUGGUCCAUGCAGUUAAGAGUCCGUCCCUCUUUUAGGUAUGACAAGUUGACAGCCAAAUGAGCCAGGACAGCCCUUGAUUGCCAAGGAUAACUGCUACCUCAGGGAUGGUGUGGUGUGGGUGAAGCUCCUGCCUGACUCAGUAAAGGGCAGCUGAGGACCUCCUGUGCUGGACCCUGGCUGAGGUGCUGCCAUCCAGUGGAAACCUUGGCACCCACCCCAUCUUGGUUAGCCCUGACCACAUGACCUGGGAUCAUGAUCUCUCCAAUUCCUGUGGAAUUUUGACCUUAGACUCUCAGGCUUGUUUGGUUAUAAGAACAUGUUGGGUGUAGUGGCACACAUAGGUAACUCCAGCGCCUAAGAGGUGGAGACUGGAGGAUCAGGAGUUCAAGGUUGUCCUCAGCCAGGCUAUAAGAUCCUGUCAGAACAAAUCAAAACAAUGAGAUCUCCAAAUGUGGCUGAGUCAUGACUUAAAAUAAAACAAACAUACAUUUAGUGUAUGUGUGUGUGUGUGUACACAAAUGUGUGUUUGUGUACAGGUGUGUGCACAUGCCUUUGUGUACACAGUCCAUGAUGGAAGUCAGAGGACAACUUGUGGGAAUUCAUUCUUGAGAGUCCUGGGGAUGCAACUCAGUUUGUCACUCUUGGUGGCAAAGGCCUUUCCUUACCUUCUGAAUGAACCAUAGUGCCCGCUGAGUCAUAUAUCCUUUUAUAUGGAAUUUACUUCACAUACAACUUGUGUAUUUAUAUCUUUUAAGAAAUUAAGACUUUCAGUUGUCACAAGACAAUGAUUUUCCAACAGCUCGCACAUAUUUUUCAUCCAUUCUGUUCUUGAAUUAGGCUGGAUCAACUUCACUUUUUUUCCCCCUUUUUUUUUUCAGAUAGUUUCACUCUAGUUCAGGCUAAACUUGAACUCUCAGUACUCUUGUCUCAGCCUCUGGAGUCCAGAGAUUACAAGCCCAGGACACCCCACAAACUCCCAGUGUUUACAGUCAAAUGGAAAUAAACAUUUCUGUUACUAA